AUGUUCUCCUCCAAAUUCCUUAGCGGGGCCAACCCCCUCAAUGCUGUGUCCUCUGCUGUGAAUAAGUUUGGGUUAUUUGGAGAUGAAGGCGAGGGGGAUAAGAAAGCACCUUCCCAGCAGGGGGUGAAGCCAUCUGGAGAACAGCAGCCAGGAGCAGGCUUUGGCAAGGGCCCCCAACAGCAGCAGGGAGCCCAAAAAUCAGGCCAGGGCCCCCCUGUGCAAAAGGGCCAGCCUCCCCCGAAACAAGGAUCACCACAGCUGCAAGGUAAUGGACAGGCUGGACCCCCAAACAAACCUGGUGGGCAACAAGCUGCUCCAAAGGCAGGGACACAGCCUGGAGGCCAGCUUAAAGGAGAGCCACAGAAAAAUCAACCUAAGGGCCCACCACAGCAAGGCUCACCUAAACCUGGAGCUCAACAACCGACUGUGACCAAGAGUGGAGCACAGCCAGGAUCUCCAAAGGCAGCGUCACAACAACAGGCUCCACCUAAGACAGGGAUGCAACAACAAGGGCCUGCUAAGACUGGUGCACAGCAGCAGCAACAACCUGCAAAGACUGGAGUGCAAGGCUCACAGCAAGGGUCACCUAAAGUAGGACAGCAACAACAGGGGUCACCAAGAAUUGGACAACAACAGCAACAACAGGGCUCACCAAAACUUUCACAGCAACAACAGGGCUCAUCUAAGGUGGGGCAACAACAGCAAGGCAUCAGGACUGCACCCCAGCAGCAGUCGUCUGAUAAACCUGCACAUCAGAAACAAGGGCCUAAGGGACCUGGUACACCUGACCUGUCACGGGCGGGGUCCUCAUCACCGGGACCAACUAAAGCUGGAUCUCAGGCAAAAGCAGCAGCUAAGUCCCUUUGCCCAGUGUGUAAAACAACAGAACUUAAUAUGCACAUCAAGGAACCACCGAAUCAUAAAACCUGUACACAGUGUAGAACCCAAGUGUGCAGCUUGUGUGGCUUCAGUCCUCCAGAUUCUGACGGGCGUGAGUGGCUUUGUCUCACCUGCCAGAUACAAAGAGCCCAAGGAGCCCCUGAACCAUUGGGACCUUCCAUGAAGAAGCCGACGCCCAACAAAGCUCCUGCUCCUCAAAACCGGACACCAUCUCCUGCUGCACCUGUCAAAAAAGAGAUGUCAGCACCAGGUUCACCUCAGAAAAUGCGGUCUACAUCAGCAAAAGUGCCAGCCAAGGGUGAAGCUGCCAAAGGACCAGAAAGUCAAAAACAGGCCAGUCCAGCUCCUGUUCAGAAAAUGACACCCGAGACCCAGCGAACAUUAGGGUCUCAAAAACCAGACCAGACUAGUCAAAGUGGACGCAAGCAAAGCAGCGCCCAGCAGGAGUCAGGGGGAUUAUUUGGCUUUGGUGGUGCUAAAACUGAACCUGCGAAGCCCGAAGAGUCGGUGACUGGGAAGAUGUUUGGUUUUGGCUCCUCCAUUUUCAGUUCUGCAUCUACUUUAAUGGCUUCAGCUGUUCAGAAUGAGCCUAAAACCACACCACCAGUUUCUCCCAAAAUGCAGUCUGCAAAGGAGACCAAACCAGCUCCUGUCCAAAAGCCAGCGCAAGACAAGAAACAAGAGCAACCCCAGCAGGCAAAGGCGAAUCCACCAGGACAGGUCAAAGUGGACAAAGCACCAUCGGAAACUCAAAAGGCAGCAACAGCCUCCCACAACGUUCCUAAAGGAGGUCAAUCCACUUGUCCGCUGUGUAAGGUGGCGCUCAAUAUGGGCUCAAAGGAUCCUCCCAACUACAACACCUGCACUGAAUGCAAAAGCAUUGUCUGCAACCAAUGUGGAUUUAACCCCAUGCCAAAUGUCAAUGAGGGAAAGGAGUGGCUUUGUCUAAACUGUCAGGUGAAACGAGCUGCUGGUGGAAUUGAACCUCAAAAGGACACAUCUGCGUUUAAUGCGCUACAAAAGACUUCUGUGCCAGGUUUGCCUCAGAGGAAAGUAUCUUCACCUGCAGCACAACCAGCCAAGGCUGGAGCUGCUAAAGGACCAGACAGUAAACAGGCCAGCCCUGCUCCGGGUCAGAAAACACCUCAGGAGACCCGGAAGACAGGUCCUCAGAAACCACCAGACCAGACAAGCCAAACUGCACAAAAGCAGGGAAAUGCCACAACAGCUACAAAGCAAGAGUCAGGAGGGUUCUUUGGUUUUGGGGGUCCUAAAAGUCAGCCUGAUGCUGUAAAGCCUGCAGAAUCAGCGGCUGGGAAAAUGUUUGGUUUUGGUUCCUCCAUCUUGAGUUCUGCAUCUACUUUGAUCACCUCAGCUGAACCCAAAACUACACCACCAGUUUCUCCGAAAAUGCCUGCUGCAAAGGACUCCACGCCGCCCACUGCCAAGAAACCAGAACAGGAGAAGAAACCAGAACAACCCCAGCAGGCCAAGGGUCCUCCAUCAGAGCCGCCAAAGAAAGCAUCAGCUUCCCCAGUAGUUUCCAAAGCAGGCCAGUCUACCUGUCCUCUCUGUAAACUCAAACUCAAUGUGGGCUCUAAAGAUCCUCCCAACUACAACACCUGUACAGAGUGCAAAAACACUGUCUGCAACCAGUGUGGAUUUAACCCCAUGCCAAAUGUUAAAGAGGUAAACGAGUGGUUAUGUCUUAACUGCCAGAUGCAGAGAGCUCUAGGAGCAUCUGAGCCUCCGGGAACUCCCAUGAUGAAACUACAGGCCUCACCAAAUAAAGUCCCUGCUCCUGCCAAUGCUAUAAAUAAGGAAACUCCCCCAUUAGAUAAACCCCAAAAGAAAGACAUUCAAACACCUGCUGAAUCUAAAGCAAAGGAGACAGCUGCACCAGGAUCUCCUCAGAGAAAACCAUCAACACCAGCAGCAGGGCAGCCAGCAAAGGCUGAAGUCGUGAAAGGACCAGAAAGUCAGAAACAGGUCAGCCCAGCUCCUGGUCAGAAAACUCCACAGGAGAUUCGAAAGACAGGUCCUCAGAAACCAUCAGACCAGACAAGUCAAACUGGACGUAAGCAGAGUAAUACUACCUCAACUACACAAGAGGAAUCUGGGGGGUUCUUUGGAUUUGGUGGUACUAAACCUCAGCCUGAUGCUGCAAAGCCUGCUGAAUCCCUGGGUGGAAAAAUGUUUGGCUUUGGUUCCUCCAUCUUCAGUUCUGCAUCCAAUUUAAUAAACACAGCUGUGCAAGAUGAGUCCAAAACGACACCACCAGUUUCUCCCAAGAUGGCAGCCGCAAAGGCACCUAAAUCUCCAGUUUCUCAGAAACAAGAGCAAGAGAAGAAACUAGAGCCCAAGACCUCUCCAUCACAUCAAGCCAAAGUAGGACAAGCUCCACCAGAGCCUCCAAAGGAUGCAGCUCCUUCCCCAGCUGUUCACAAGGCAGGCAAAUCUAUCUGUCCACUCUGUAAGGUGGAUCUCAACAUUGGCUCCAAGGAACCUCCCAACUACAACAGCUGCACUGAAUGCAAGAACACUGUCUGUAACCAAUGUGGAUUUAAUCCAAUGCCAAACGUAUCAGAGGUUAAAGAAUGGUUAUGCCUGAACUGUCAGAUGAAGAGAGCUCUUAGUGCAUCUGAACUCACAGGACCUUCAAUGAAACCUCAAAAUGCAGCCAACAAAAUGUCUCCAUCUGCUGUACAUCAGAAGUUAACAGGUCCGAACCAAGUGGAAACUCAAAAGAAGGAGUCAUUGAAAUCUGAUGCACCUUUAAAGAAGGAGACUCCAGUGCCUGAUACACUUCAAACGAAGGGGAGUCCUACACCGGGUUCUCCUCAGAAGACACAGGCAACUAAGGCUGCUAAAGGACCAGAACCUAACACACAGGCUAGCCCAACUCCUGGUCAGAAAACUCCUCUGGAUAUCCAGGAGGCACCAGAUUCUCAGAAACCAACUGACCAGGCAAGUCAACCUGGACUAAAACAGAGUAAGGUCACCCCAGAUACAAAGCAGGAGUCAGGAAAUCUAUUUGGCUCGAGUGGUCCUAAAAAAGGACCUGAUGAGUCCAAAACAACAGAGUCCGUCACUGGGAAGAUGUUUGGCUUUGGUUCCUCCAUUUUCAGCUCAGCAUCCACGUUGAUAUCAUCUGCUGUUCAGGAUGAAUCACGUACUACCCCACCAAGCUCUCGUAAGAUGUCUGCGCCAGCACAAGUCUCUCCCAAGAUGUCUGCUGCUCCCAAGGUUUCUCCAAAAAGUACACCGACAGUUUCUCCCAAAAUGUCGCCAGCAAGAGAGCCCAAAACUCCUGUUCAGAAACCAGAGCAGGAGAAGAAACCAGAAGAAUCCCGCCAGAGCAAAGAGGACAAAGCUCCAUCACAGCCUCCUAAGGCAGCAUCAAUCCCCCAAACAUCUCCUAAUGCAGGCCAGACCACCUGCCCCCUGUGUAAGGUCGAGCUUAACAUUGGCUCUAAGGAUGUUCCAAACUACAACACCUGCACUGAGUGCAAGACCACCGUCUGUACCCAAUGUGGAUUUAACCCAAUGCCUAUUGGAGAGGUAAAAGAGUGGCUAUGUCUUAACUGCCAGAUGAAAAGAGCAGUUGGAGCAUCUGAGCCACCAGGGCCUCCUAAACUUAAGUCCCAAAUAUCACCAAGUAAAGUUCCUUCACCUCCUGCAGCCCAGUUGAAGGAUUCUUCCAAACCAUCUACACCACAAAGGAAGGACAGUCCAAGCCCUGCUGUACAAAAGAAGGAGCCCCCAGGAGCAGCCUCACCACAGAGAAAACCAUCUGCACCAUCUGUGCAGUCAGGCAAACCUGAAGCUGCUACUGCACCAUUGAAACAGGCCAGUCCAGCACCUGAUCGCAAAACUCCACAGGAAGGACAGAAGGCAGUUCCAAAGAAGCCACCAGAUCAGGCAGGCCAACCUGGAGAUAAGCAACCUGAUACUGCGAAGCCUGCAGUGUCCGUGACAAAUAGGCAAACUGAACAUAAGCAGAGUAAUGCCACAGCAGCGACACAGCAACAGUCAGGAGGCUUCUUUGGUUUUGGAGGUGGUAAAACUCAACCCAAUGCUGCAAAGCCGGCAGAUUCAGCAGCUGGGAAAAUGUUUGGCUUUGGUUCCUCCAUCUUCAGUUCUGCAUCAACUUUGAUUACCUCAGCUGUUCAGGACCAGCCCAAGACUACUCCACCAGUUUCUCCCAAGAUGUCUCCUGCAAAAACAGUCAAGUCGCCUAGUGCACAACAGCUGGAACAGCAGAAGAAAACAGAGCCAUCCCAGCAGACCAAGACACCUCCACCAGGACAGGCCAAAAUUGACAAACCCCCAUCAGAGCCUCCAAAGGCUGCAGCAGUCUCCCAAGCCGCUGUCAAACCAGGCCAGUCUACCUGUCCACUCUGUAAGGUUGAACUCAAUGUGGGUUCAAAGGAUCCACCUAACCACAAUACCUGCACUGAAUGCAAGAACACUGUCUGUAACCAGUGUGGAUUUAACCCUAUGCCAAAUGAAACAGCGGUAAAAGAGUGGCUGUGUCUCACCUGCCAGAUGCAGCGGGCUCUAGGAGCAACACAGCCCCAAGGAGUGGCCUCUGUCAACUCUCAGAUACCUGCAAAGCCCCAAAAGAAAGACAUCAUCAGCCCAGCUGAACCUGAAAAGACAGUCUCACCCCAGAGGAAACCGUCUGUAACAGCACAGCCAGCUACAGCUGAGGCUUCUACUAAGCCAGAAGGUCAAAAGCAACCCAGCCCAGUUCCUGCUCAGAAGAAGCCACAGGAGCCGCAGAAAUCACCAGGUCCUAAAACACCAGACCAGACAAGGCAAACUGAACGUAAGCAGAGUAAUGCCACAGCAGCAACACAGCAACAGUCAGGAGGCUUCUUUGGUUUUGGAGGUGGUAAAACUCAACCUGAUGCUGCAAAGCCGGCAGAUUCAGCAGCUGGGAAAAUGUUCGGCUUUGGUUCUUCCAUCUUCAGUUCUGCAUCCACUUUGAUUACCUCAGCUGUUCAGGACCAGCCCAAGACUACUCCACCAGUUUCUCCCAAGUUGUCCCCAGCAAAAGAGAUUAAGUCCCCUGCUGCCCAGAAGAAAGAACUGCAGACAAAGCCAGAUCAACCCCAACAGACCAAGACAUCUCCUUCGGUACAGGCCAAAGUGGACAAAGCUCCAUCAGAGCCUCCAAAGGCUGCAACAAUCUCCCAAGCCACUGUCAAACCAGGCCAGUCUACCUGUCCACUCUGUAAGGUGGAACUCAACAUGGGAUCCAAAGAUCCACCGAUCUACAACACCUGCACUGAAUGCAAUAGCACUGUCUGUAACCAGUGUGGAUUUAACCCCAUGCCAAAUGUGUCAGAAAUGAAGGAGUGGUUGUGUCUGACUUGUCAGAUGCAAAGAGCUCUCAAAGCUGCUGAAUCAGUAGAGCCUCCACUGAAGAAACCCCAGGCAUCACCCAGCAAAGUGCCCACACCUGCUGCUGCCCAGAAAGAUGCUGCUGCCAAUCAAAAGAAAGACAUUGUUUCCACAGAAAAGGCAGAAGUGCCAGAAAAAGAUCAGAAGGGCAGUCCAACACCAGGUGCACCACAAAAGAAAGAAGACACUAAACCCUCAUUACAAAUGGACAUUACCAGAACAUCAACCACUGCCACACCAUCUGCAAAAGAGAUCAUGGGUCCUGUUUCAGCCCCAACAAAAAAGGAGAAAACUGCUUCACCACCUACCAAGAAGGCUCCCACCCCCACUGCACCUCCAGCCAAAGAGAGGACAGCUGUAGUUUCAGACCUCAACAAACCACUUCCUGCUCAAGCUCCUCCUGUCAACACGGAUGUUGCAACUUCUCUCCAGCAGAAAAAAGUUAUGACUCCACCAAGUUCUCCUAAACCUAAAGAAGUAUCAGAAAAGAAAGAGGAGAAGGCAGAAAUAGUUAUGAAACCAGCUGAUGAGCCAGUGAAACCCUCUGAUAAAGUACAGCCCCCAACAGCUUUAAACAAAGACUCAAACGCUGUUGAAACAUCGCCUGCCAAAUCUGUUCCUCCAGCAGCACAGCAAACAAGUAAAGAAUCAGGAGAUUUCUUCAGCUUUGGUAGUCCUAAAUCACAGCGUGCUGCCUCAAUAACACCCGAAGCUGUCAGUGGGAAGAUGAUGGGAUUUGGUUCAUCCCUCUUCAGCUCAGCAUCCACCUUGAUAUCAUCUGCAGCUAAGGAGGAGUCCCGCACAACACCACCAAGUUCUCGUAAAAUGUCUGCCCCAGCACAAGUCUCUGGCAAGGUUUCUCCAAAGUCCAGUCCCCCAGUUUCUCCAAAGAUGACUUCAGCAAAGGAGGCCAAACCACCUGCUGCUCAGACACCAUCAGAACAGGACAAAGUGAACAAAGGUCUAUCAGAGCCUGCAAAACCAGAAGCCCCUCAAGCUGCUCCCAGAGUGGUCCAGUCUACUUGUCCACUCUGUAAGAUGGAACUUAAUAUGGGCUCCAAAGAUCCUCCCAACUACAACACCUGCACUGAAUGCAAAACCACUGUCUGCAACAAAUGUGGAUUUAGUCCUAUGCCAAGUCUAAAGGAGACAAAGGAAUGGCUUUGUCUCAGUUGCCAGAUGCAAAGGGCACUUGGAGCUUCUGAACCUCUGGGCCUUCCCAUGAUAAAACCUUCUCCAAGCAAAGAGGUCCCUGCUACCAUACAGAAAAAUAAAGAGACCCCGUUGUCAACUUCUCAGGAAGACAUCCCUAAACCAGCCGCACCCAAAAAUGAGCUUGUUGAUGUUGCCACAACCAAAGAAACUGAAUCCCCAGCUGUUGGUGCACCAGUGAAGAAAGUUACCCCUGCAGCUGCUUCAUUGCCUGACAAAACUGUUCCAUCCACUACAACAAAGACUGAUGUUUCCCCGGCUUCACCAAAGCCUUCUGGAGAGACACCUAAAGGACAACCAGAUACACCUCCACAACAGCCUCCAGUGUCUGCUCCUCCACCAGGCUCAGAGGCAGGAAAGCCAUCCCCACCACAGACUCCAAAAGCUGUGACAUCUACCCCUAAGCCUGCUCCUCCACCAGGCCCAGAGGCAGGGAAGCCACCCUUAGAGCAGCCUCCAAAAACUGUGACUUCUGUUGCUAAGUCUGCUCGUCUAUCAGACCGAGAAGCAGGAACGCCACCCCAACAACAGCCUCCAAAAACUGCGACUUCUACUGUUAAGUCUGCUCCUCCACCAGGUCAAGAAGCGGGAAAGCCACCCCCACAACAGCCUCCAAAAACUGGUACCUCCCCAGCCAAAUCUGCACCGCCAGCAGCUCAGCCUGCUAAACAGGCAUCAGGAGGCUUCUUUGGUUUUGGUGGACCUAAAACCCAGCCUGCUGCUGCAAAGCCUGCUGAGUCAGUGACUGGGAAGAUGUUUGGCUUUGGGUCAUCCUUCUUAAGCUCUGCAUCAACUUUGAUAACCUCAGCUGUCCAGGAUGAACCUAAAACAACACCACCUACUCCACGCAAGAUGUCCGCCACAGUCUCUCCUAAAGCUACACCACCAGUCUCUCCUAAGAUGCCCCCUGCCAAGGAAACCAAACCCCCUGCUGCUGCACAGAAAGCUGAGCCAUCUCAACAAGCCAAGCCAGCUCCAUCACCUACCCCUACACCACCAACUCCACGAAAGAUGUCCACUACAGCCAAUGUCUCUCCUAGAACUACACCACCAGCCUCUCCUAAAACUGUAUCUGCAAAGGACACCAAGCCACCUGCUGUCCAGAAAACAGAAGAAAAGAAACCAGACAAACCACAGCAGGAAAAGACUCCUUCAACAAUUCAAGCCAAAGUGGACAAAGCUCCAUCAGAGACCCCCAAGGCACCAUCAGACAUCCAAGGUGCUCCAAAGGCAGUUCCAUCCAUCUGUCCACUCUGUAAGGCCAACCUCAACAUGGGCUCCAAAGAACCGCCCAACUACAAUACUUGCACAGAGUGCAAGACUACCGUCUGCAACCAGUGUGGAUUCAGUACAAUGCCAACGGUGGCAGAGGUAAAGGAAUGGCUUUGUCUGAACUGCCAGAUGCAGAGAGCCCUUGGAGCAUCCAAGCCAACUGGACCUCCUGUAGUAAAACCUCAGCCCUCCCCAAGCAAGGUCACUGCACCUCCUGGCUCUGAAAAGAAGGAUGUACAGACGUUAGUCCAGAAGGACAAGUCUGCAGAAUCAGCAGCAGUCAAAAAAGAAGUCACUCAAGCAAUGCCACAGAAAAAAGAAAUGCCCAAAGCUGAGGCUCCAGUGCUUCCUGCAGUCCAAAAGACAGAGGCACCACGACGAGGUUCUGUUCAAAAGACACAUGUCCCUCCGGGUACUGAACAAGGACAAGUCCAGGAUUUGGCUGGUGUGCAACAGCCUGUUGGAAAAACCCCUCAAGUGCAGCCUUCUCAAGCUACAAAGCCAGAAGUCAAGGCAGGUCCUCCACGACAAGAAGCUGGAAAACCACCACAACAGCCUGCAAAAGCUGCGCCCCCUCCUGCCAAAUCUGCACCACCACCAGCUCAGCCUGCUAAACAGGAGUCAGGAGGCUUCUUUGGUUUUGGUGGUCCAAAAACACAGCCUGCUGCUGCAAAGCCUGCUGAGUCAGUGACUGGGAAGAUGUUUGGCUUUGGGUCAUCUUUCUUAAGCUCUGCAUCAACUUUAAUAACAUCAGCUGUCCAGGAUGAACCUAAAACUACACCACCUACUCCACGUAAGAUGUCCACUACAGUCUCUCCUAAAGCUACACCUCCAGUCUCUCCUAAGAUGCCUCUUGCAAAGGACACCAAACCCCCUGCUGCUGCACAGAAAGCUGAGCCACCUCAACAGGCCAAGCCAGCUCCAUCAGCACAGGCCAAAGCAGCUCCACCAGAGCCUCCAAAACCCAAAGAGGUGACCCCAGUUGCUCCUAAAGCAGGCCUGUCCACCUGUCCACUAUGUAAGGUCGAACUCAACGUGGGCUCCAAGGAUCCUCCCAAUUACAACACCUGCACUGAAUGCAAGAACACUGUCUGCAACCUUUGUGGAUUUAAUCCCAUGCCUCACACAGGAACGAAGGAAUGGCUGUGUCUGAACUGCCAGACUCAGAGGGCUUUGUCUGGGCAGCUGGGAGACUCAGGAAAAAUGCCCCAGCCUUCACCUGUAUCUGCCAAACCAGAGAACCUGGCCACACCUACAGCCAAAAAGGCAGAGCCCAAAAUUUCCCCUACAAAGGCAGAGCCUGCUCCUACGGCUACAAAAUCACAGCCUUCACCUGCCUCCAUUGCGGCAGUGCCAGCAGUUCCAACCCUAAAAGCAAAGGUGGAACCUCCAUCUGUCAAAAUGGAACCCACAGCUACAGCAGUUUCUGCAAAAAUCGAGAUAGAGACCACACGCAUACCUUCAACAGCAAAGAUUUCACCUGUUACAGCAGAAAAACAGCCUUUAACAGCAUCCACAGCAGAAGCCAUUCUACCUGCUAUGGCCGCUGUGCAACAGAAAGCAGUAACAGCAAAGGCUGAAGAUGUUCCAAAGACUGUGACAGUGGAAACUAAAGAAGAGGUAGUGAAAGUGGAGCCUGGUGAAGCAGAACGUCCAAAAGCUGAGGAGUCUAAACCUGACCUUCCAAAAGUCAAGGCAGAAGCAGGUGUAGCUGCAGCUUUCUCUUUGCCAGUGACUGAAGCUACAGUUGCACCCACCCCCCCUAUUGCUGCAGAGGUUGCUGUGGCUGGAGCUGUUCCAAGGACUGAAACAAGGCCAGAAUUUUCUACUCCAGAGAGGAUUAUUAAGGAAGUGCAGCCUGAUGAUCAUAUCAAACUGACAGAGCCAACAAAACCAUUACAGCAAGUUGAGGUGCAACCAAAGUCACAAGAACCACAGCUGACACUGAAAGUAGAACCAGACGUAGCAGCUGACAACAAGGAAGUGGCUGAUAAGACAGUUAAAAAGACUACUGACGUCACCUCAACUCCAGAGACACAACCAGUCUCUACAAAGAUCACCACAAAAGAGCAGGAUGAAAUCAAAGCAGAGCCAGUGAAAGAGAGAAAGGUCUCUCUACCUACUGAGCAGGUUAAACUGGAAAGCACAGUUGCCGCUGCGACAGCUAAAACACCUGAAUCCAAAGCAGAGGAGCUUGAAGAAGAUCAACCACAGAUUUUACCCAUUACACAGGAAUUGAAGGAUGGGCAGGUGGUUGAUGAUACAAAUAAAAAUGAAAUAAAUACAGAUACAUCCCUUCCAGUAAAGGAGGAGGUCAAGGCUGAAAGAAGGCGCCUAAGUUUCCAAGCAAUGGAUGAGAGCAGCGAAAGUGAACUCACACCCUCACCUCAAGUCCAGAGGAGAAGGCUGAAGGUCAGCAAUCUUUCAUCCAGCAGUGAGGACAUUAAAACUGAAAGCGCUGACUCCUCUAUGGAAGAUGAAGAAUUCAUCCGCAAGCAGAUAAUGGGUAUGGGUGAUGAAGAAGAAAUGUCUGUUUCAGAAGAUGAGAAAGACAAUAAUUUGGCAGACGAGGACGCUAUCAAAGAGAUUGAGCUUGAUAAUGCUUCAAUGACAGCCACAAAAAGUAGCACAGAGAAUGAAGAAAGCCCAGCCAGGAAAAAAUCCCUCCCAAAAACUGAAACUGCAACUACUCAAGAUGUUCCUGAAACAAUGCCCAGCAGUACUUUCAAGAAAGCUAUUCCAGCCAUGAGACAGAGACAAAGCACUGAUGAAGAAGUAGAGAGCAUCACAGAAUCCCUGUCAAAGGGAUCGUCUAGUGUUCAGGUAUCAAGCUUUACCCCAGGAUCUUCACCCACGUCCGCCUCGUCUCUGGAAGAGGACAGUGAUAGCAGCCCCAGUCACAGGAAAGUCAGUGGGGACAAACAGCAUCGCAAAGGUAGGCACAGGCAGCCAACCCAGCCUCUCCCCACUAUUGAAGACUCCUCUGAGGAAGAGAAGAUGAGGGGAGAAGAGAAGUCUAGGAAAGACAAAGAUGAAUUUAGAGCCCAUGGCCAACCACUGUCUCCAACUGAAGAUGCUUCGUCUACAGAGAAUCUGAGACAGGUAAUGACUGAAACCAGUAGAACAUCUGGCUCUGAGCCCUCUGUAAGUAUAGACUCAGAAUCAGAGGCUAGGCGAGCUGUACAGAGAGGACGCAAGCCUUCGUCGACAGUGAUACCAUACCUUUCUUCUGAUCCAUUUAAAGAGAAGGAUACUGUGACAAAAUCAUUGAAGAGUGCCGAAGAAGCAUAUGAGGAAAUUAUUCAGAAGACAAAAGCUAUUCCAGGGGAGAGCCCCCCUGAUAUUGAGCCUCUCUAUGGAGGAAUGGCAAUAGAGGACUACCUUUAUGAAUCCUUAGUAGAGGAGCCUGAAUUUAGGAUAGGUGAAUCUCCAGAGGAAGAACUCAAACAGGAUACUAGCGCAGAGAGUCUCAAAAAACUCAGGUCUCCGGAGGAAGUUUAUGAGGAGAUGAUGCAAAAAAAGAGAGAACUGAUGAUGAUAGAGCAAGAGUUUCAACAGGCUCAGACUGCCAUGGAAUCUUCUUUAUUAGUGGCUUUAGUCACUGAGCCUCCCUCAGUUGCUGAGACCUGUGUGGUGACCAUACCGAUGGAAGAGACAUCCCUCACUGAGCAAACUGAUAUGCCUCUUACAGGCACUGAAAGUUCUGGUGAAGUGCCAGUGAAGAAAAAGAAAAGGCCAGCUCCACCACGACCCUCUGAACCUCCUAAGCGCUCAGAGGGGACUGUUGUUCCUAGCACUACUGGUGGAUCUAUAGGUUUUGUUAGGCCUAUGGUUCCUCAAGAUCCUGCACUCAUGAAGGCAUUGUUCCCCAUACCAGACCUUAAGAUUACCCAGUGUUCAUCUGGGGAGGAAGAGGAUGACAGUCUUGCAGACGAGUAUGGUGUUGGUAUUUCCUCUGACAUUACCCCCAGUGAUGAAUCUGACACUAAAGAAGAUCAAUCCAUAAGCCCACCUUUGUCUGAAACCGCUGAGAUGGAACCUAUCUGUGUUGUCUGUGAAAUCCCAGCGCCAAAACCUAUUCCAACACCAAUAUCGGCCCCAGAACUAACCACUACACCCUCGCCUGUAUCACCAAUGUCACCUCCAACUUCACCAGCCACUCCAGAUUCCAGUUUGGCUUCUAAUGCUACAUCUUCAUCCUCAUUCCAAGCUCAAACACCACUUUCAGCAGAUUCAACUCCGCUGUCUACACCAACACCUCCAACUUCAUUUGUAACACAGUCACCUCCAGAGAUCUCACCACCAUCAGCUGCCACAAUUGCAACAGUACCGUCUAGUCAGGGCUCAGUCUCUCACCCUGCUCCAGCCACAGUCAUAGUUACAAUACCAGAUGUGGUGUCUGAUCCUUCCAAAGCUCAAACAACAGCAGUAAUUCAAGUUAAGGCUCCUACAGCUGAAGCUUCAACUCCAGCCCCACAUGGGACAUCUACUCCUGUACCUGUUAUAGUUCAAAUGCCAGACUUGGUUUCAUCUCCAUCUCAGGUGCCUACUGAGGCUCCAGCUGUUAUACUUGUCUCAGCACAGAGUCCAGCACCUGCUGUUGUGUCAGCUCAACCUAAAACUUUAGUUACAGCUACACCUGCUGCAGUUGCUACACCUGCUGCAGUCUCCACUCCAGUUUCAGCCCAUGUUGUUCCUUUCACUCUGGAUUCAUGCCCUGGGCCAGUCAUAGUACAAAUGCCUGACUUGGUUUCAACAACAUCUCCAAUCUCUGCACAAGCCCCACUACCAACCUCAUCACUCAUAACUACCCCAGCUCAAGCCCAAGCCAAAGUGGUACAUGCAGUCCCUGUACAAGCAACAGUCCCAUCAGUGAGCCCAGGAACAAUCCCAGCUCAAACAGCCCACGUGCCUACUCCAGCAUCAACUACUAUAAUCAAAAAGAAGGUUCCACCACCUCCUCCCCCUCGGUCUACUUCAGUGUCAUUACCUGAGCCUAACACAGAGCUGCAGCCUGUAAGAACUAUUCAGCAGGUCACCCCAAUUAUGACCACCACUGUAGCUAGGGGAGCCACAGCGGCUGGCCAGCAAAUGCAGUCUGUAGUUGUGGAUAUACAGCCAAGAAUGGAAGACAUGCAACCUGAUAACAUGGCUGUUCCUCAAGUAGUGACCCCAACCAGACAAGGACAUGUUGUAAUUAUAGUGCCAAGUGUGGAAAACAUGUCUCUGCAUGGACAAACCCCACAAGAUAAAGCUAGCACAGGGUCAAUAGCUUCCACCGCUUCUCUGCCACUAAGUGGUCCAAUAGCCUCAGAUAUACCCAGCACAGUUACAACUUCACUAUCCACAAAGGUGUCAGUAGUGCCAGUAGCUUCAGCUCCACCACUUCCCGCUAAACCUAUGGCAGGUACAACAAUUGUAGACACAGUAGAAAUACCUGUAGCAGAUACACCUCCACCACCCUCAACUACUUCACCAAAGCCAACAGUUUAUUCAAAAACAGCAGUUCCCAUUGCAGUCACUAUUGCUACAGCAGCAGUAACACAAGUUUCUGACACAACAACUGGCCCCAGUCAAACCACAAAGCCUCCUCCACCCAUACCACCUAAGCCUAUAUCAAUUCCUGCUGGACUGGUUUUCAGCCACAAGCCAGGAGAGAGUGUCAAACCACCUCCCCCUCAUGUGAUGCCCAAAGCUGCAACACUACCCAGGACCAAAGAACCUCCAAAUGCUCUGUCACUUAGCCUGACACGACCCGUGGAAUCCAAGUUGGGUGCAACAUCUCCUAAGUCACCUUUGUCUCCUAAACAUGCCAAAUGUUUGCAAACCUAUGUGGUGAUAACCCUUCCAUCUGAGCCUGGCUCACCAACAGAGGCCAUAACAGUCCAAGCGCCUGUAAGACGAGGUUCCAUUCCAUCUACAAAAGUGUCAGGUGUACGGACCACGCCCUUAGAACAGAAAACACCUACUGAGGCAUUCUCAGCACAGGCUACAGUUAGGAGAGCCUCUGUCCCCACUGUAAGGCACCCACCUCCAAUAGCCAUAGCUCCAACUGUGGCAGUAGAGCAAGUGACAUCUUCUGAGGAAGUGGUUGCCAAAGUGCAAGCCAGGAGAGACUCUGUGCCUUCUGAAGUGUUACCACCACCAACACCACCACCUGUAGCUGAUGUCAUGGUAGUGUCAUCAGCUCAGGAAACAUCGAUUCAGGCAAUUAGUGUACCUCCUCCAAUUAAGAAACCAUAUAUGCAACAGCAACAACCAAUUACUCAGCCAGUGCCACCACCUAAAACAAGCUUUGAGGUUAUCACAAUGCCCCCAGAGCCAAUGGUUGUUAUUCAACCACAAACAAUCCAAGCCACAGCAAGAGCCCCGUCUGUACCACUUGCUCAACAACCAAGCACAGCCACAGAGGUCAUAACAGUUCCAUCAGAGGUUUCAGCUGAAGCAUUAGUUCCUCAGGCCCCAAUACCAAUUGUACCUGUGCAGCCACAGGCUCUAACAGAAGUUGUUGCUGUACCUCUGCAGCCUGAGAUACCUUUAGAUGCACUAGUUCCCCAAGUUAGACCAGCUACAGUGUCCCCUGAUAUCUCUUAUCCACCAGUUACAGCUCAAAUAGAAAUGCUGCAGAAACAACAGGAUAUACCUUCUCAUGUUACAGUCACCAAGACAGAUAUGGUACAGGGAGAGAUCCAGCAAAUUCCUGCUCAACAGCAAGUUACCGUAGUUGAAGCAAUGACUUACUCUGCUGAACUCCCAUCAGUGCCACACACUGUUCAGCCUUUCAUGACAGAGCAGCUAUCUUCGCAGCAGCCAUCUCUUGUAGCUGAAGUGUCAACCCUCCGGACAGAGUUUGAAAUGCCUACAGAAGUUAUUACAACUGAUACUGCUGUUAGAUUGCCAGGAGUAGCAACCAUAUCUCCAGUACCUUAUCCUUUACCUCUAGUUGCUGAAGUAACUCCAACACCAGAAGUACCUAAGUUUAUGCCAACUACAGUUGCUGAGAUAACUCCUACAAUUGGUAAAGUAACACCAUCACCUCCUGUCAUGGAAGUCCAACCAAUGGCAGUGCAGCCAGAAGUCCCCUACAUUCCACAGGUCUAUGACACGAUUACUUCCUCAGUCAUGCCACAUUCAAUGCCACCACUGGAAGUCAUAGCAUUGCAGCCUGAACGUGAGACACCCACAGAGAUUAUAACAAAGGAAGUUGAUGUAAGAGCUUCAAUACCAUCACCAGUGUUGCAGCCCCAGGCAUUGGCUGGGAUGCCAGUUGGAGUUAUUUCAACUGAGGAAACCACCAGUAGGAGGAGAACAUCUAUAUCUUCAAUAGUACAGCCAACAUACACAACAAAUGAGACAUUUAUUUAUCCUGCAGAGUAUGAAACACCCACACAGGUGGUUACAACUGAGGCCUUUGCUACCACCAGGAGAGAAUCCAUAACCAUGCAGCAGCCAAUACCAAUGGCACAUAUAGUAAAUAUGCCUGCUGAAAAAGAUGUUCCUAUUGAUGGUUAUAAUGUUCAGGACCCCUACAGAAGAGGAUCUAUUCAUUCAACAGAACAAAGACCCCAGGUAUUAACGUAUUCUUCAGAAUAUGAUCACCCUCUAGAGAUAAUAACCACUGAGGCAUACACUAGGAGAACCUCAGUUCCUACAGCACAGGACAUUCCACAAGGUGUACCUGUGGCCCCAGUCACCAUCACUAAAAUUCAGCAAGAGUCUAUUGAGAGCCAAGAGAUUCGAGGACCAGAAAAGGUGGUCUCCAGUAUGAGUCACAUGUAUUCUUCUUCAAUUUCCACCUCAGGCCAGCCUCCUGAAAACCUGCCUAACCUGGUCACUCAGGUGGUUACCACUGAGGUCCAAAGGACCACUGUCUCUGUUGUCCAUGAAAGACUUCCACAAGUCCCUCAGCCAAGUGUAGCAAUCACUAUUCAACCAGACAUAGCUAAAGUCCAAUCUCUGCCAAAACAGAAUGGCAAAAUAAUCUACCCUGGUGAUGUUAUCGAUUUACGUACAAUGAAGGUUGGCGUAAAGAUGACUGAACAAGGCAUGGACCUAACACCACCUGAGUCAUGUCGACAGUCUUUUUCAAGUGACUCUAGUGGGCGUCAAAUCACAGCUGUGCAGCCUGAAAUAGUAAAUCUUAGUGCAGAGAUCACUCCUGCGACCACAUUGUCUGUGGUCACAGACAGCAUCACAAUAGUCACAUGCACAGCCACCAUUGCCUCAUAUAACAACACUCCAGCAGAAAAACCACUGGAUUUGCAGGGCCCUGUUACUUCAUUGCCUCUGGCGCUCACUACAUACAAACCAUUUGAACCACUUGCUCAGAUUGUAUACAGACCUGUGAAUUCCCAGCCCAUUGUAAGUGCUGUAGCAUCCACAGCUCAAGACAUACCCAUUAAUCUUUCCUUUGGAGCUCUAGUCACCCCAGGAGGGAAACAGCCAAUGACUUCCCCAACAGCUAUCAGCAAUGGAGGUCCUGUUCUUUCUCUAGAGGCCACAGGGGCCAUGGAUCUGUCAAACUACAGACCAGUGAGAUCUAUGGUAGCUUUGUCUGACACAAGCCCAGGAGUGGUGACCACUGUUGUAGAGGAUGACGGGACUCCAGUCGACCUUACAGCUGGCAGGAGGAGCGUGUGCUGUGAUGUCCUUUACAAGCUACCAUUUACAGGAAGCUGCAGAACACAGCCCCCGGUUACAACCCAGCCUGACAACCGCUUUGGCUAUAGGGAUGACCACUACCAAUAUGAUAAUGCUGGACUGUAUGGUAUCAAAGGCAUGAAUGGCAUUAAAGCUUCAAUGUCUGAGACCAACCUGACAGAGGCAGUACUGUUCCCUUAUGACAGCAAGAAUGACUAUGACUAUCUCAGUGGAUCUGCAGAUGACGCUAUAGACCUCACUGCUGCCAAACUUUCUGCUGGUAAAGCUCUAGACUACACUAGCAAAACUGGAGUCUACCCUGGGAUGACUACUGCUCCAUACUCCCAGGUUCCUGCAGCUGGGUUUGGUGUAACCGGUGUUCUAAGAACUUCAGAUGGAAUAGUUUACUCUUCUGUUGCUGUCCCAGUUCCGUCCACAUAUGCAAUUACAACACAACCAGGCUCCGUCUUUAGCACUACCUUAACACCUACAUCAGCAGUCCAGAACCAGUCAUUGCCGCAUCCGUAUGGCUUCAUUCCCAGUACAGACCCAGGACAGAUAAUUCCUUAUGACACAGGGCUACCUAAGGAGCUUCUACCCACAGCUUUGGCUGACAUCAUAACAGGCUAUCCAGACAUGUACUCAGACACCACCCUGGAAGCAAUUGCUGCAUCUCUGGAUGCCUUAGCCUCUUCCCCAAUAUUCCCUGGCUUAGACAACACCAAGAUGGCCCAAUAUCAGAUGGAGAGGGAGUUUCUAGAGCUAGAGAAGCUUAAGCAGCUAUGCCUUGCAGAGGAGCUGGAGUGGGAGAGGCAGGAGAUCCAGCGUUACCGUGAACAGGAGCAGCUUAUGGUCCAAAGGGAGCUUGAGGAGCUUCAGGCACUGAAACAGCAGCUUCUCUUGCAGCAAGAGGAAGAGCACCAUGCCCACAUGGUGGCCCAGCAGGAGACAUAUGCCCAGCAAAAAGAGCAGUUGCAACAAAUUCAACAACUGCAAUUGCAACUCCAGCGCCAGCUUGAUGAGCACUAUGGUAGCACUGGCACCACAGGAAACCUCCUAGAUGCUAAAUAUGCAGGGGUAGGGGACAGUGGCCAGUACUGGCCUGUCAAAGAUGAGUCUACAACUCCAUCUAUUGGGACACAGUUAGAGGAAAGUCAGGAUCAACUUAAUUUAGUAAAGAAGCUUCAAGCUGAUCAGGACACAGGGAAAAAAAUAAUUGAUAGUGGAGUGCAGACAGAUGAUGAAGAUUCAGCAGAGAAGCAGCAUGUAGGAAGGAGAAAGAAGAAUAAGAGAAAUAUUGAUAGCUCAGCUCAGACUGAUGAUGAGGACCAAGACGAAUGGGAUGCUCCUACAAAAGCUCGGCGACGGUCUCGAAAACAUAGCAGUGAGGGGAAACAUGGCUCCAAGGUCUCUAGCAUCGCUAUCCAGACAGUGGCUGAGAUAUCUGUCCAGACUGACCACUCUGGAACUAUCAAACGUCCCAAUGUCCAGAUGGACACGAAGGUGGAAAUCAUCAAGCAUAUCUCAGCUCCAGAGAACUCUCAGAGAGGUGGCAGUCUGAGCUGUCAGACAGACUCAGACAGAAGACACACACCCAUUGAGGUUGGUUACAGCACACACUUAACAGCAGAUGUCCCCUCUAAGUCUAAAGUCUUCUACACCUCAGUCUCCCCGCUGUCCCCGGAAAAGUCACUUGGAGGGCAGAGAAUGCUGACUGCUGACCCAACCAGAUUUUCCUCUGGUCCUCGAAUAUUGAAGGCUGGUCAGAAGUCUCUGUCUGAUCCGAAAUCCCUUAGUCCUGCCGCAGAAGACAGAAUGGGUGGAUACUAUGCAGACAGCUAUAAUAGCCGAAGCUCUCCCUCUGGUACAGGUAAGAAGGUGAAGCGGACGCUACCAGACCCUCCUCCUGAGGAUGACACUCUGACAGGACGGACAGGCUACAGCACCAACUCUGCUCGUCGCCGUCUUGCCCGCAGUACAACAAUGGCCCGGGCAAAGAUCCUUCAGGACAUUGACAAGGAGCUUGAUCUUGUGGAGAGAGAAUCUUCUAAACUUCGCAAGAAACAAGCUGAGCUAGACGAAGAGGAAAAAGAGAUUGACGCCAAGCUACGGUACCUGGAGAUGGGUAUCAACCGGCGGAAGGAGGCCUUGCUGAAGGAGAGAGAGAAGAGAGAGAGGGCCUAUCUCCAGGGGGUGGCAGAGGAAAGAGACUACAUGUCUGACAGUGAAGUUAGCAACAUCAGAGAGGCCAGGGGUGACGGCCUGGAGAGACCACGGACAGCACCCCAGUCAGAGUUUGACCAAUUCAUCCCCCCACAGACGGAAGCUGAUUCCCAGUACAACACACUAACUAGUCCCUACUCUCACUAUGCCCAGUAUGUUCCCCAGACCCAAACCACCAGCCACUACACCCAACAGAACCUAUAUCAACAGCAGUCCCUCUACCACCAACAGGUGUCUCCUUACCCAACCUUAUCCCUCUCCCAUGCCCAGGCACAGUCUAGCAACUACCAACAUGCUCUGCUCCUGCAGCAGGGAAAGCAGCGACAAACCACCCUGUCUGAUUUAGAGCCUAAGAUCAACACCAACUAUGAAGUGAUACGCAACCAGCCUUUGCUCAUUGUGCCAACCUCCACAGAAAGUGGUUAUGGGGUUGCUCACCUGGGAGGCAAGUAUGGCAGCCUCGACUUGAGGCUAGGGCUGGAGGAAAGGAGCAUGGCCUCUAGUCCCAUGUCUAGCAUUUCUGCUGAUUCCUUCUAUGCCGAUAUUGACCACCACAAUGCCAGGAACUAUGUGCUGAUAGAGGACAUAGGAGAGCUCACCAAGGCCUCAACAGGGCUGAGCAACACCGGCUUGGGCUCUGGAUUCAACAUGCCAGAUAAGGAGUUGUCCAAGGCAGACAGACUCCUCAGGGCAGCAGAAGUCAGGCGAACAGCAGAGGUGGCAGAAUUUUUAGGCUCAUCUCGACUUCAGGGUUAUGGUAAAGGAGAAGAUGACACCAUGGAGGAGCCUUAUGAGCUGAAGCUACUGAAGCAGCAGAUCAAGCAGGAGUUCAGGCGAGGAACUGAGGGACUAGAACAUUUAACAGGCUUGGGCCUGCCCCAGUAUCUCCCCAGUGAUGGUAGUUUUCGCCACUUCCCUAAAGGAGAGAAAUAUAGCAUCGGCAGGCUCACCCUUGAAAAACAGGCUGCAAAGCAACUCCCAGCAGCUGUGCUUUACCAGAAACAGAUGAAGAACAAAAAGGCCCUAAUAGACCCUAAGGCCAUCACGAAAUUUUCCCCAAUUCAGGAGAGUAGGGACUUGGAGCCUGACUUUGGCAGCUACAUGGGAUCUGGGGCCUCCUCUGUGACCAAUCUGGCUGCUACAGCUAGGUUGCUUCAGGAUGAGAUUACAUUUGGACUAAGAAAGAACUUGUCUGAGCAGCAAAAAUAUUUAGGCUCCUCCUUGGGGGCCAACUUAGCUGGUUCUCUAAAUAUUGGGCAGUCCCUCGGACUUGGAUCUACUAUCAGGGCCACUGCCCACGAUGAUGGCACCUACCCAAGUGGCACCCGUUCCCGCCCCUCAUCACGCCCCUCCUCCCGUCCCUCAUCUGUCUAUGGUUUGGAUCUAUCUAUCAAAAGGGACCUAUCCAGCUCCUCACUCAGACUUAAAACAGAGGGAGAAGUCCUUGAUGCAGCAUUUGCUCCUGGGGUGGCAAGAGCAAAGCCCACCAGUCUACCUAUCAGCCAAAGUAGGGGCCGUAUCCCCAUUGUGGCUCAGAACUCAGAGGAAGAGAGCCCUCUAAGCCCAGUGGGGCAGCCUAUGGGUAUGGCUAGAGCCUCAGCUGGACCUCUCCCUCCCAUCUCUGCUGACUCCAGGGACCAAUUUGGUUCCAGUCAUUCCCUGCCAGAGGUACAGCAACACAUGAGGGAGGAAUCUCGUACACGAGGCUAUGAUCGAGACAUCGCAUUCAUCAUGGAUGAUUUGCAAGGCGCCAUGUCUGACAGCGAAGCACUAAGUGAGUCCAUGCUGGCUCUGAACAGAGAUGAUGCCAGAAUCUUUCAUGAAAGUAUCAGACACGCUGGAGGCCCAAACUGGAAUAUAGAAGCCUACCACCUGAGGAGAGAGGACACAGAUUGGUUUGAUAAGCCAAGAGAAGGGCAUCCGCAGAGCGGAAGCAUGUCAGACAGGAGACAGAUGAAACUGGUCCCUUAUGCUUUCCCUCACACUCGCAUCAAGCUUAAGAGAGACCCCAAGGAUACCAGUGUGUCAGGUAACGGACUAGGGAUCCGCGUGGUAGGUGGGAAGGAGAUUCCGGGGAGCCGAGGAGAGAUUGGAGCAUACAUUGCCAAGGUUAUUCCUGGUGGUGUGGCAGAGCAAACAGGAAAAGUUGUAGAAGGAAUGCAGGUGUUGGAGUGGAAUGGAGUCCCUCUGACGGGAAAGACUUAUGAAGAAGUGCAGUGCAUCAUGGGCCAGCCAUGUGCAGAGGCGGAGCUCUGUGUGAGACUCGACCUUAAUAUGCUGUCUGACCCUGAGCACCCACAAGCCCUGGAGCACCAUGUCCAGCUUAAGGCUGGUGGGCAGCGUUCCCCUGGUGUGGAUCCUAAGCAGUUGGCUGCCGAGCUGCAGAAAGUGUCCCAGCAGCUGGCUCCUGGUAUGGCUGGAACAGGGCUCGGGCCCGGGGGUUUGGGGGUCCUCUCUGCACUUGAGCGCUCAGCCCUCCUCCACUCAGGUCCUGGAUCGGCUGCCUCCAGUGGCGUGCCAAGCCCCGGCCAGCCCGCAUCCCCAGCCAUAAACAAGAAACAACGACACAAGCCAAUGGAGGCAAUGAGGACACCUCAUGCCAUCACUGGAGAAAUUCAGCUCCAGAUCAACUAUGACAGGAACUUGGGAAACCUGAUCGUCCACGUCCUGCAGGCUAGAAACCUGGCCCCGAGGGACAACGACGGCUACUCUGACCCUUUUGUCAAGGUCUACCUCUUGCCGGGGAGAGGCCAAGUCAUGGUUGUCCAGAAUGCAAGUGCUGAUAACAAGAGAAGGACCAAGUAUGCUCAGAAGACCAUGAACCCAGAAUGGAACCAGACUGUCAUCUACAAGAACAUUCAUUUGGAGCAGUUAAAGAAGAAGACGCUGGAGGUGACAGUGUGGGACUAUGACAGAUCCUCUUCCAAUGACUUCCUUGGAGAAGUGUUGAUUGACUUGUCGAACACAGCCCAGCUGGACAACACUCCUCGCUGGCUGCCUCUGAAGGAGCAGAGCGAGAGCAUUGAGCACAGCAAAGCCCACCAUGCUGCUCAAGGACCGCCAGGGUCUGGGCCAGGUCAGGGUCAUGGUCACGGACACAGCCUUGGCCAUAUGUCAGGGCCUGGGAUGGGGCCUGGGCAUGGUAUGGGACAGGGUCAAGGACCAGACGGGGGUCAUGACUCACCUAAAAACUCUGUAAUCAAGAGCAGAAGCCAUGGAAUCUUCCCUGAUCCAUCCAAAGACAUGCAGAUGCUACCUUUGGAAAAGUCACACAGCAGCCCGGGCAGCUCCAAGUCUUCCUCCGAUGGCCAACUGCGCUCCCACGGCCCCUCCCGCAGCCAAAGCAAGAGCAGCGUCACUCAGGCCCACCUUGAGGAUGCUGGGAUAGCCAUCGCUGCCGCCGAGGCCGCCGUGCAACAGUCCCGCCUGCAACCAAGACCAGGACACCGACUGGCAGAUGUCUCAGGGUCAGUGGUGUUGUCUGCCCCGAGUCUUGUUGGAGACGCCUAUGGAGGUCUGGAAGGUGAAGAGGGGGCGGACACUGGAGUGGACAGUGCCAUUUUUCAAGUGCCACGCAUUGGUAAGACUAUUCCUAACGGCACCGACAAAAACCAACUAGGGACCCCAGAAAAUGAAGGCGGCAAAACACAAGUGAUGGGAGAGAUCAAGGUUGCUCUCAAGAAGGAGGUGAAGACAGAAGGGGAUCAACUGGUCUUGGAGAUCCUUCAAUGCAGAAACAUCACUUACAAGUUCAAAAGCCCCGACCACCUACCAGACCUGUAUGUGAAGCUGUAUGUGGUCAAUGUAGCCACUCAGAAGAGGAUCAUCAAGAAGAAGACCAGAGUUUGCCGACACGACAGAGAGCCCUCUUUCAACGAGACCUUCAGAUUCCCUCUGAACCCAACAGGACACUCCAUACAGCUUUUCCUGGUGUCCAAUGGAGGCAAGUUUAUGAAGAAGACUCUGAUCGGUGAAGCCUACAUCUGGCUGGACAAGGUGGACAUGAGGAAGAGAGUGGUCAGCUGGCACAAGUUAUUCGUCAGCUCCACUCAGACCAACCCCUGAGCGCCACAUCAAACAAGACGGAGAUGCGUUAGACUGACGACAGGUGAAGCCAGAAUGUAGUAGUUUGGAGAUCUGAUUUGACAAAAAGACGAAUACGAGACCAAAAAAAAAAAAUCAAAUAGAGGAAUGAAAAAGAUCCAUUUAAUUCACUUCCUCAGUUCAUACGUUAUAAGAAGGAGGGAAUUACGUGCUAAUACCAUGACAACUUUAUCAGUCCAACACUGCCAGCACACAUGUCCACCUCUUCCCACAUCGAGUCUGUGCUGGCUGUGGACUUUGCUUGUAAGGAUGCAAACAUGCAAAUACCACAGCAGGCACUGAAACACACUCAGCAGCAAUAUGGCUUUGAGAGCAGCGACGUCUUUCUUACCAUAGUCCCCGAUUCCAUCAUCCACAUGAGACUUUCUUGUUUUGGUGCUGCGCAACUGAGCUAACAUAUCUAUGAGAGGGGGGAAGAUGAAAAAAAAAUGACAUCAGCUGAAUUAGUGUUUUCUUCAUACGAGAGUCAUUGUUGUGAUGCUGAAAUGAUGGUUGUAAUGUGUGUGGACAUCAGUGGUCUUGAAAUGUUUAACAAUGAAGGAAUGCUAAAUGUUUUCUAUGAUUCAGUUUCAUGUAAAAAGAAAAAAAAAGAGCCAGACAGUUUUGCUAUGGGUUGAAGAUAAAAAUGUACAGCACUACAGACUGUAGAUAUCACAUGCAGAUUACAGAGCAUAUCAGAGAACCACAUUGUACAGCGUGAUGUUUAUAUAAUAUACAAAGAUAUCAGAUGCAGAAUAUAUCUAAAUACAAUAUACAGUAAAAGAGCUGUUCUCUUGUCAUUAGAGUAUAUAUAAUAAACUAUAGACAUAUGAUCUGUUAGGUUGAGGCUGUGGGUGACGCACUGACAAUCCAGUAGGCUACUUUAGUCUAUGGUGUAGGCAGUCUAACUAGCUGUAACGUGAAUGUGGACCUAUGUGAGCUCAAGGAUGUUUAUGAAUAAUAGCUCCGCCGGUCCUCUGAUCACACUGAUGCACCAUUCAACAGGGCUGUGAUAGAUUUUAAAGGUCAAAGUCAACAUGCAGUGGCAUUGCUAUUUCACUGGCAUGCUUUCUUGCCAGGCAGAGUUACAAUAAUACCAAGUUGAAAGUUACAAGCCAACUAUAGAGGAUGACAAGAUCACAUCUGUGUCAUCUGUACGACGUUUUAAUUUAAGGCUGUCGUAGUUGCUCAUAGUACGCUAAUAUUUCUUUCCGUGUAACUCAUCAUGUAAUUACACUGUGUCAAAACCAUACGUAGAUCUGCAACUGUCACCACCUCAGUGUGACAGCUCUGCUCUCUGUGUAUUAGUUAAAAAGCCCCCCCCCCCCCCCCACCACCACCUCCCAGUCUGAGUUUUACCUGAAAACAACUUCAAAAUGACAAAACAACAAAAAAAAUUCUUACCAGUCAUAUGUCAAGGUUCCUCUGUGUGUCCGGCUGUGCUGUAAAACUCACUAUGCUGUUUUGUGUCAGUGACUCCCGUUGCAACACAGUGAACCAGCCUCUUUCACUGCCUGUGACCAAAACACUCACUCAGGCCUGCUGGGGUUCAGUCAUACACAAGUCCGAUGGGGCCAAGUCUCAGUACGAACGUGGAGCAGGUGACCCAUGCAUUUAUCUUGUAAUGUUUUGCCACCAUAUCUACAGAAUUUAAAAAAAAAAAAAUCUAUCAAGUGACCCUCAGACCUACUGUCGGUGUAUUUAGGCAUAUCACAGGGCUGAUGCAAUUUUUUAAAGAAUUAAAUAUACCAGAGGAAACGACAGACACACUUAGAGCAAGAUGUCACUUAAAUCUUAUAGCAAAUGGUAAAAAAAGAGAAUAUAAUAAGGAAGGGAAUAUGGUUGAUUUCUCAGAUUAUUAUUUUGCUGUGCCAACCUUUUUUUUUUAUUCCAGACCCAUUGGUUCUUAAUUCUAUGCAACAUAGAUGUGUUUGAAUGCAUUUGUUUUUUUGAACUAAAUGUUAUAUCUGUGAACAUAAAAAAAUUGUCUUAUAGGAAAAUAUCUUUAAUUUGUACAUCAUUGAAAGAAAAUAUUAAAUAUAUUGAUUUUUUACUGAUUUUAAUAUGAAUUGAUGUUAACAGCCGUUAACGUCUACAUGGAGCUUGUGCACUUUAUUAUGACAUUGUUUAUUUUCUCGUCUCAGUUUUAACUGUCAUGACAUGCAAGGUUAUGUGUUUUGUGUUUCUGCACUGAAAUGAACUGAAACAUGGUGUACGUGGUGGCAGAAAAUAUCGUGGUGUGCAUUUUGUAUCUAUGUGGCAAAAAAGAAAAACACGCAGACACGUUGGGGUUCCUGAACACGAUGCACAAUCCGGGGAGAAAUCACCCUCACUACAUCACGCUCAUAGUCUACUUACCAGUCUGUGUACAAAGUACAGUAAAUAAGACAUAUUCCCUAAAUGCUCCGUCAUGACUGUUUAACCCCUCGUGUUUCAUUAGACUUCCCCCAAGCUAAUUACUGUUUGUUCAGAUCAGCUGUUGCCUGUAAUUGUGAAACCAUCCAUGUGUUGUUGUUCUGAGGGGUGUGAAUGUGACUCAAGUCCUUUGACAUGUGUACAUAAAGUGUUUAUUUUCUACAAAGAUUGAAUGUUUAUAUUGUCCGAAGUUUGAGCAUGUGAGUGUUGAGAAAAGAAAAAAAAAACACAAAAGACUUAUAACUGUACAGCAAUGCGUGUCUAUAGUUGUAUAAGGGGAGUUGACUGUGUAAUCAAAACGUGCUGUCAACCAAUGACUAUCUGUGCAACCACGUCCCGUAAACGGCUGAAACAACACAAAGGGUAAAAAAAUCUAUUCAACUUCAAUAGUUGUCUGAGACUUUAUGUUUUGGAUGUUGCAUGUUUUGUUGAUGGUUUGUCUGUAUAUUUUGCCUACAGAUUAUGUUUAAAAAGAGACAGAAUAUGUAUAGAUUUAUCUGUAUGCUGACUGUAAAGAAAUAUGCUUGUAAAAUUGUCUUGUUUUUCACUCAGUGCAAAAACAAAGAAUCUAACAUGUUAUGGUUUUGUGGUUGUACACAGGAUGUGUUGAGAUAUUAUGCAAAUUGUGCUGUAAAAAAUCAGCUGUUUCCCCUGAGUCUAAAGAAUAAAUAUUAAGAAGAGCUAUAUUACACA